GUUUUUUCUGCCUGCUCGGAUUGGCUUGAACUGCAAGGAGAGGAACAGGAAGGUGCGCGCGCAAUAGCUGUCGAUAUACUGAUGCAAAUUAGCAAAAUCGAAGGAGAUGCAUUUGGUGCUCGUUUUAGGUUGAUCCUCCCAUCAUUGCGUGCAAUACUUACGUCAGAAUCGCUUUUUGCCGAUAACAGCGAGCGCACAAUUUCCUCUAUCUGCUAUGGAAUAGCUUCUAUGCUGCAAAGUAUGGGAGAAGAAGCACAUUCCUUGGAACAACUGAUGAAAUGCAACGGCUCUUCAACAAUACGAUUAUCGGCCGCAUGUCUUGUUGGGCAGUGUCUAAGUCACUACGACCUGGCCUUCUUUACCGCUGAACGAGUUUCUCAACUCAUUGCUUGGUGCUGCUGGCAGCUACGUGACAAACUACUAACGGAGGAUGUCGCUUUGCAGGCGUCAAAAAUCCUAAUUGUUAUCUCACACCAUCUAACCGAUGAACAGUUCACAUCUCUGGUGGAAAAAUUAACAAGUAUCUGCCGAUUCGAGAUCUCACGUCAACCAAAUGUUUCUCUCAAGCGUGCAACCUGCUUCAAAAUGGCUGCUGCUCUAGUGGUACAUGAAGAAAAUUCGUUCAAAAUAGAGAGUACAAUUGAGCAAUUUCUUCCUCUGCUUACCCGUGAGAUGAACAGGAAGUCGUCAAAAGUUGAUCCCUUGCUAAUGUAA